CUGAUUUUCCGGUGGCUCAGGGCUCGUGGCGUUCCCGGCGAUGUCUUGGUUUCGAGCGGCCCCCGAGAUCCCGAACCAUGGAGACCAGGACGUGUUUGACGAGGAAGCGGACGAGUCUCUGUUAGUGCAGCGGGAAUGGCAGGGUCACAUGCGGAAACGAGUCCAAGAAGGUUACAGAGAUGGGAUAGAUGCUGGCAAAGCAGUUACUCUUCAACAGGGCUUCAAUCAAGGAUAUAAAGAGGGUGCAGACGUCAUUAUAAACUAUGGACUACUCAGGGGAACAUUGAGUGCUUUGCUUUCCUGGUGUUACCUUCAUGGUAACAGUUCGACUUUGAUCAGUAAGAUAAAUAAUCUUCUGGAUGCAGUUGGCCAGUGUGAGGAGUGUGUGCUCAAACGUCUGAAGUCAGUUACGUCACAGCCACGAGUUACAGAUUUAUUGGACUCCAUUGAGGAUAUGGACUUUUGUCAUGUAGUUCCAGCUGACGAAGCGAAAGGUGACAAUAAUGCUGAGAUUAACACAGAUUCUGAUAGGAGUCCGAACGGGAUGGAUUGUUCACACCCAGAAUGCUGCAGAACACAAGAGCACGCGCAUUUGGAAAAACCAAGCCUCACUUGGAUUCUGGAACAGACAUCCAAUUUAGUGAAACAGCUGGGAGUAUCGGUAGACAUAUUACAGCACCUGAGACAACUAUAAAAUUAUCUCCCCCUUCCUAGUGGAAGUAAUGCUCAGAAUAUUACUCUAAAGCAUUGUGUUCUGGAUAAGGUAACCGCUGAGUGAACGCUUCCCCUGGAGUUACCCUUUGUGGAAGUGUCAAGGGUCUUCAGCAUUAACACUAGGAAAUGGGAUGACAUUUGUCAUUGGUAAAUUGUUUAGUUUUAGAUGCACUCAGAAAUCCUCAUUGUCAUUUUCAAAUUUCUAAUCAAAAUCAAUCAUUUUUAGACUAACAAAAGCCAAACAUUUUAGAACAAGAAAAAAUCUAAUGCUGCUUUCUGCUUUUGUUGGAAUCAGGUGGUUUAGGGCCUCUUUACCAGCAAACAAGCCAUAAUUGCCAGAAAUAACCUGAAGGCUAGCGUAGGUAAGUAGAAGCAAGUCUAUAGAUGGCUACACAUCAAAGCCAAGAGCCUGUAGAAACUGACAAUAUGUAUAUUAUUGAAUGAAUAAUAAAGAACAAAGUACUAAGACUCAUUUACAUAUUGGCUAAAGAUGUUCAAUUUCAUGAAAAAUAGAAAAAAAAAAUAGAGUUUGUGCUAAACUGUAAAGAAAAGGAACUCCUUAACUUUCUAGAUAAUGAGGACUGGGCCACGGUUUCUCAAAACAUAACGAACUAUUUCUGUCUGAACUGCAACUUUGCUUGUUACUUACAUUGGAAUUUUUAAAAAGGACAAAAAACAUGACUGCUUUGACACAAGCGAAAUGCAUAAACUGGCAUAGACAGAAUCACAAUCAGAAUUUUGUUCCAUGACCCAGGAUCAGGAAAGGAGUUUUUCAUCACUUUUCCCCACCUGAAGUUAAUAUGAAAUGCCUGACUUGAGAGCUACCCAGAUAGUUGUCCCUUACUGACAGCUUCAGUUGCUAUCUAACCAGUAUUUAGCUGUGCUGAAAGAUGCAUUCAUGAGAGACUGGCUAGAGGACCUUGUAAAAGACUACAAAAAUACGUUCUGCUGGUUUUAAGUCCCUGUUUAAAAUGCACAGAACAUUAAGAAAUUGGGACAGCAAACUUUGAAAUAGUGUUGAGGAUAUACUAGUACAUGCUUCAAGUAUCAAUGUAACAUUUGAUGGCUGGGUUUUUAUUUUGAAACUUUGUGGUACUAGAGAUUGAAUGUAGGACCUCAUGAGUAAUUUCCAUGUUGAAAUCUCAAACCCACAGGAUAUUAAAGUCUUUAAGGGGUAAGCAUUGCUCUAUACUGUAUUUUCCAUAGACAUAACCAUCUCUAACAGUGAAGGCCACUCUUAAGAGUUGGAUGUAAUAAAUCUUGAGAUUUUAUCUAGCUAUAUCUUGAUAAGAUUCUCUAAAUAGAAGAUCCCUUGCCAUCAUUAAUUGCAUAAAGUGCCCUUACACUAAAAGUCACAGAAGAUGAAGUUGGGAAUUAGCUGGGGAAGCUAGAGGACUAGUUCAGUGGUUAAAACCAUUUGCUGCACACCCAGUAUCCACUUAAAAGUUAAAUAUGGCCUCAAGCAUACAUUAACCCCAGGGGGUAGGGGGCCUGGAGGAUUGAUUGCUGGUACUUGCUGGCUUGCCCCAGAGAGACUAAGAUGCUGAGUGACCCUGCCCCUAAGUUAUUUAUGAUUGGUCGAUGAAGAUACCUGUUGCUGGGUGGAAGAGACAUAGUGGGGUUUAGGUUUCAUAGGCUUGGUGUCAGAGGAGAACCAGGAGGGGAAGAAGUAUAAAAAGCAUGGUCCUGAGGGCUAGCCAAUUGAAGUUUAAAACAGCCCAAAUAAAACCUAAUAAUAACUCAGGGUUAUCGAUAAAUUUAACAACAUAGAGGAUAGACAACUGCCCAGCUUUUAUACUGUUUAAGACUUACUAUAUAAAAGUGUAUGUGUUUUUUAUCUAAAAAUAAAUGGUCUAAGGCAAGAUAAAAACCUGGAGAUAUAGUUUCUACAACAUAGAGAUUGCUAGGAGGACCCUGAUGCCCUUUAUCCUCUGUGUGUGUGCAUGCAAAGACAUACCCAUUCAAAACACACAAAAGGCUGUUGGGUUAAGGGGGAAAUUCUUUUUAGCUUUCUCAGAAAGUUCUAGAGUAGUUCCUGGACUGCAGAUGGUAUGAUCAACCAGAAACAGUAAAGGAAGAUGUACUGGACUAUUGCCUUUUGCCUUGCUUGCUGCUGUGAGCCAGCCAGGUCUUGUGAAAAGGCCCUGCGUAAAUGUAAAUGGGAAAGCAAGAGUGCUCUGAAGCUGUGACCAGAAUGUCAUGGCCAAGAAGAGAAUGCAUCUGAAGUAAGUUACUUCUGGCACUGACACAUCUAGAUCUUUUUAAGCAAAUGUGAAAGGGAGGGUCUUUCCUGACACUUAAGUCAUUAGAACUACUAAGGCCACCAAAUAUGAUGUGCAGAGUAAGCAGGCAGCUGAAUUAAUCUAUAAGCAUCUUUAUUUGCAACCAUGCACCACUUGCUGGGGAUGGAUUUUGAGAAAUGUAACCCUGGGGAGUUCCAUUGCACAAAUAUUAAAAUAUAUAAGGUGGUUAUGAUGCCACAAAGGGAUAGAACCUUAUGGAGCCAUAGUAUGUCUAAACCUCAUUUUUGGCCAAAACAUAACUAUGUGGCACAUGACUCUCUGCCACACUGCUUGCUAACUGCUUUCAUGAUAAACCCAGAUAAAAGACCUAAUUGUGAUUCUCAGCCUAUUCAGAGUAAAGUCAGAGCUUUUGGUGCUUUGUGUUCUAGUCAGAGACCUAGGGGGAAAUUGUUACAUGUAUGUGCGUGUAGAUUGUAUGGAGUCUUUAACUUAUUUUUUUAAUUCCUAAAUUUAACCAGUAGAUGAAAUAAACAUAGGCUGUUCAUAAACUA